AUGGCUAAAAGUAAACCUAGAGUAAACAACACUCGUGCCGCAAGGCGAGCGGCUUCGCCGGUAGACAAGUCUCUGGUUGCUGCCCCUCGAGCUGAAUCGCCAGCCGCUGAACGUCCUUCCGUCUUGGCCGAGCGUCGCAGUUCCGGUAUUCAGAAGAGACAGGCACAGAAGAAGAUGUCCAGGUCGCAGCGUUUGAGACAGCAGAAGGGCAUGGACCGAGCGGAGGCAGUCUCAGACCAGUUGCAAAUUAAGAAGGCCAAAAGUAUCGUUCGCGGAAAGGCUGUUAGAGCUCGAAGUGGUGAAUGGGAAGAGUUGAACAAGAAAGCUUCAAAAUCAGCUUUCGCUGCUCUCCAGCAGGACGAUGAAGACGAUGAAGAUGAUAAUGAUUCCAUGGCUGAAGAUACUGCGCCCACAAAGUCCAAACCCAACCCCUUUGCUGCUUCUCAUGAGGCCGAUAUGGUGGAGGAUCCUGCGACCGUUGAUGAAGAUGAUCAGAUCACUUGA